ACAACCGCAGUUCAUAUAUGAACUAUUUCAUAUAAACUUCACAUCAUUGCCGAGUAGAUCACAUGAUAUAAGGAAACCGCUGGACCAUCUUAUUGACUUCCUGGCGUUCUCAGCUCACAGCUCACCUGACUUUCAACUUAACUUUUUCCUCCGGCAUUUGGAGGCAUUUUUUAGUUCUUCGAUGACUUAAGCUAAUUAUCUUUCUCUUAAACGAGACAUGGAUAACUUUAUUUGUACCCAUAUGACACAGCUAGCUUCAUUUUUCUGACGAACUGUCCAAAAUGAGCACGGGUAAGUGGCAAGUGUUGUGGUCUCCAAACCAACCGGACAAGUUCAUCACCUAUGGGAACGAAAUAUGUCUGUACAAAGUCACCAGAUCGCAGGACAGUGCUCUAAAGGCUGCUGGUGGAAGAAGCCAAGUGAUUCAGCUUUCUGAUGAUACUUACGCAUCUCUUUUGUCUGUCAUGGCUGAUAUACAAUAUCUGAAGUGUGUUGCAUGGUACCCAAAAUCUGAACCAGAGAACUUGUUAGCUGUUGGACAAGCAAAUGGCAGAGUUCUAGUAACAUGCAUUGGAAAUGAAAACAGUCAAACAAACUUUGGAAUUGCAAGAGAAUUUGUUCCAAGACAUUCACGACAGUGUAAUAGCCUUGCAUGGAAUCCUGUUGAGAGUAAUUUGCUGGCAGCUGGACUAGACAAAGUUAGAAAUGAUGUUUCUCUUCUUGUCUGGGACAUUAACGUUCAACUCAGUGUUAGAGAAAGUGCAAAUCAAGAAAAAAGACAUUCUGGAGUGACUGGUGGUAAACAGUCUCCCAUCACCGUAGGAACAGGCUUCCAGGACCCGUCAGCUAUAGGAAACAGACCUCUUGCAGAACUCUCUACGUCAGACCCAACUCUUUCCCUGACAUGGUCACCCAAUGAUCAUAACAAGUUAAUUACUGGACAGGCACAGAAGUUUCUGAGAGUGUUUGACAUACGAGACACUACUGGCCCUCAUAAUGCAGCCGUUACAAAAGCAGUUUACGGUGUGUGUGUUGACCCGCAUGAUGGACACAGAAUUGCCUCAUUUGCAGAGGGUCCCCCUGGUAUUAUGUGUAUCUGGGAUGACCGGAAUUUUGAAAAACCAUUAAUGACAAUGACUCAGACCUGUCCUGUAACAGCCAUUGCAUGGAGUCCAACACGAUCUGGCUUACUGGCGACACUUGGUAAAGAAAGUCCUGUUGUACAGCUUUACGACAUUCAACAUACUUCAGUUGCAUCUCCAGCUUAUGGAGUUGGAUAUGAGACAGAGCCUUCAUUCAUAGAAAGNAAUCAAGACUUAAUCCCAUGCUGGGAAAGUGGACUGGUACAAGACUGUACAAUUUUUGAAAGAAUAUCAGUAGCUUGGUCCCCUAGCUCACACCUUACUUGGGGGUGUGGAAAACAUUUAUUGGAAUGUUCACAAAAGCCUGCAGAGCUGUCUCUAGAAGAGGACAUUUCAUUGAAAAUGAAGAGAAGAGCAUUUGCUGGAUAUGGAAUUGAGUUCCAUAAGGUGAAUAAUAGUAAUAAAUUUGGCUUCGGUCACGAAGCUGUCCUAAAUAGCCAUGAUGUAUCUCCUUACUCAGUCUUAUCCUGCUUAACUUCCAAUUAUGAAUUGUCGCGAGAGUAUGUAUUUUUACUUUUUUGUUAUUGUUUGACAGCUGUUUGUGCUCGAAGCAAAGCUGACCUGUAUCAAGAACAGCGUCUUGUAGCCCCGGUGUAUUUUAGUGAUGAGAGAAGGCUGGCUCUUUCUCUCUGUGGAUGGGAUUUUAAAAGUACUGGUGUCCCUCUGACAGAAUAUCUCAAUGAGCUGCAGGCAGCUGAACAGCAUGAGAGAGCUGCAGCGGUGGCACUUUUCAACAACAAGAUCCGAGAAGCUAUUGAAAUACUGAGCUCACAAAAAGCGAAUAAAAAUACGGGAGGUAAAGGUACAACACUGAAUGUGGUUGCCAUGGCACUGUCAGGUUAUACAGAAGAAAAGAAGACUCUCUGGCGAGAUAUGUGCAGGUCAUUGUGUGGUCAGAUGGAGAACCCUUACCUUAGAUCAGCAUUUGCUUUUCUAACCACAGAAUCUGAUCACUUUGAGAGCAUUUUGGCUGAGGAAGGAAUGGAAAUUGAGGACAGAGUAGCUUUUGCAUGCAAAUACCUUCCUGACAAUAAGUUGCUUCAAUUCCUUGAAAAUUUGUCCACAAAGUUGAGUAAUGCUGGUGAUUUAGAUGGCAUCCUCCUAACAGGAAUUUCAUCUGAUGGAAUUAACUUGCUUGAGAAGUAUGUAAAUAAGACAACCGAUGUUCAGACAGCCAGUUUAGUCAUAGUCAACUGUGUUCCUCACAUCUCCAGUGAAGUUUCAAAAGAUGCAAGAGUUUUAUCUUGGAUAGAAAAUUAUAGAAAUUUGCUGGACAUGUGGAGACUUUGGCAUCAAAGGUCAUUGUUUGAUAUCCAUUAUAACCAAAAGGAUCCAUCCCAAAAACCUCCUCAACAGGUGUUUGUAUCAUGUAACUUUUGUGGAAAUUCUAUCCUCACUAACAUGCUAUCAACAGGUACAAGACCAAGAAAACUUGCACAAUACUGCAACCCAUCAAACAGAACAAAGAUUAUGGCUUGUCCUGGCUGCCGUAAACCUCUUCCUAGGUGUGCACUCUGUCUGAUUCACAUGGGAACACCUUCAUCACUUUCACAGAAGCAAUCAAAUCAAGCAGAUCCUAGCACAGAAAAGCCAGCAAAUGUACGGAGUGUGAAUCCUUUUAACAACUGGUUCACGUGGUGUCAAUCAUGUCGACAUGGAGGACAUUCCAAUCAUGUUGUGGACUGGUUUAAGGAGCACGCUGAAUGUCCUGUGACGGGAUGUGGCUGUCACUGUAUGAAUUUAGAUUCUGUUGCUAUGGCAAUGCCAAAUAAUGACAUCAGUUCCUCGACAUAACCUAGGUAUUUUAACAAAUUACAAUGAAACAAUAGUAAAUAUCACUGAAGAUUUUGUGUUACAAACACUGUUUGCAUUCCUAAAGCUUAUUUGUUAAGAGGAUGUUCUUGAAUACAAGGUUAUUUUUAAGAAAAAAAAAAAUGACAUUUCUACAUUUAACUGUCAGUGUGUUUUUUAAUCUUCACAAGUUAGUGACUUACUUAAAAUAUAAAUCUGAUUAAAAAUAGAAUCUACAACACUUUUUAAUGUCAUAAUUUAUUCUUAGCAAACAGGGAACUAAAAAACUGUUGGUAAAUUAAGACAGCAGAUAGUUUGCAUUAUCAAUAUAUGCUGUCUUUUCCUGACAUUAUAUUGUGAAAUCUCAGAUUCCAGGAGACUCUCCACCCUAACAUUGAAUGUGACCAACUUUAGUUCACAGCCAUAGCCAUGAUUCUUAUCUGCCUUAAUUUUCAAAUGUGAAGUCUUUUACACAUAAUUUAUUGUUUUAUAGGAAAAGUCAAAACCAUAAAAAUACACAAAAAGGUUUUUUGAAGUUAAUUAUUGGCAAAAGAACUUUUUUGGUCUAUUAGCAGCCAAACGGAAUCCUUUUGGGAGUUAGCUAUUCUGGCUACUAUGAAAUCAGGCUAGCCAGAAAUUCUGUUCAAAUAAUGACCAUUGCUUUUAUUAAUUCAAUAUUGCUCUUAAUUUUGAAUUAGAUUCAAAACUUUAAUUGAAUAAGCAACUGUUCAAAUCUUGAUGUGAAGUAUAUAUGAAAUAAUUCAUAUUUGAACUGCGGUUGUAGAUGAAAGUGAAGAAUGAUCAUCGCAGUAAACUUUCCAAUUUAAGCAAUUGGAAAGAAGAAGCCUGAAAAAAUCUGGGUUUCAACAGAAUUUGAACUCGUGACCUCCACAAUACCAGUGCGAUGCUCUACCAACUGAGCUAUGAAGCCACACAUUGGGAGCAGAGGAGUGAAA